AUGGAACCUACACCAGGUCCUUACUCCCAGUGUGUGGAUACGUGCCCCUCGUCACCUCUCUCCUUGGCCUUAGCUGGCCAGAGUGACCUCAUCAGGGAGGACUAUUCAGAGAAAUCAAAAGCCAAGCUUGGUGAUGAGGACUCGAGGAAUAUUGACUUCAAUUUUCAUUUUGAGAACCUACAGAAGGCAUUUGAACGGAACAUGACUUACCUGUGCUACCGUCUAGAGCGGCUGGACAGUAGUGGUCCCGUCUUACUCGAUGCUGCUGUCCUUGAGAAUGUGCCCGGGACCCAUGUGGAAAUGCUGUUUCUGAACUCCAGAAACAUUCAGGAGCUGAAACAGGACAAGAAGUACCGGGUGACCUGGUACAUCUCCUGGAGCCCAUGUGCCAAGUGUGCCCAGAAGGUGUCCAAGUUCCUGGAGGCACACUCUAAUGUCAGCCUGCACAUCUUCGCAUCCCACCUGUAUUACUGGGACAAGCCAGAAACACGGCAGGGGCUGAGGGACCUGCAGCAGGCUGAAGCCCAAAUCCAAGUCAUGUCUUCUCUGGGUGAGCUGGCACACUGGAUGGCAGCAGGAAGGAUCUGA